UGAAAUUUUCGUAAUAAUAUGCAAUAAAAACACAAUACUUUUACAGGAACACAUCAACAAAAACGCUCUCCAAGAAACCUUUCACAAAUUCAAAACCCACAAACUUUAACUCUCGCUUCUUGAAUAGUAUUUCUACCAGAAAUCGAUCUUCUUCUUUUCUGAUUCAGUUUUACUGUAAUUAAUCAAUCAAACACACAAGCCGAAGAUGAUGCUAAGAAAUGGCAAACCCCCACUUCCCAGAUCUCCUAUUAGACUUCGUUCUCGCCGCGCUCUUCAGCCCACUGCAAGCAAUACUGCACAGAUCCCACCAGGUUCUUUGACGAAAUCUCAGUUGCCUAAACGGUCUUGGGACGUGGAAGAACUUGAGGCUCGCCCUGAAUACAACACCAUAUCCUGUGAAGUAAGGGCUCUUGCUAAAAUGGUGCGACAAGAAUUUGGGACCAGUGAUGAUAAAAUGGAUGUUGAAUUUGAUGACGGUGUUUUGAGCAAUAAUCGGAUUCCUUUGUUCGAGAGGGGUAGGUUUUACGAAGAGUACGCAGCAAAAAGAAAUGAGAGGCUGAAGAAAAAGAAGGGUGAAAUUGAGGGUCAUAAGAAGAAGCUCAUGAAUAAUCUUGGAGUCAGAAUUGAAUCUGCAAAAAAGUUUGACAGCAGGAGAAAAAUGGCGGUGGCUGCCACUCCGAUGAUGGUUCAGAGAGAGUCUGCAACACCGAGGUAUUUGCUGAGGAGCAGUGCUAGAAAGGAGAAUAAGAAACCUCCUCUGCCUAUGAAUUUUGAGAGUUCUGUUGGGGGGUAUACAGAGAGAAAAGUUGGGGGAAGAAGGAUUAGGAAGAUUUGAACAAGUGUGCUUGUUCGGAGUUUCUUUCUUUACUCUUUUGUGGUUUUUUUUUUUAAAUUUGUUAGCUUUUAGUGAUAGAUUUUGAGUUCCUGGAGUGGAAAAUUGGAGCUCGAAGUUUUUAUUGAAUUCAGGCUAUUUCACUUGUUGCUGUUUUCAUUUAUCAAAAUGAUUGAUCUGAAUUGUU